CUGGUAACCUUUGCUUUCCCAGGAUCUAGCACGGACCUGGCAUAGAGCUGCAGGAAGGAAUGGCGCCUGCAUGUAUAAGUGAAGGAGUGAACAAAUGUAUAGAUGGACAGGUGAGUGAAUGGAUGGGUGAGUGAAUUCUACACAGGACCAGGGGAUGGAGAAGGAAGUCACUUUGCCAAGGAAGCAUGGGCUUUUCCCACUGUCCUCUGUAACAGCUUCCCUUUCCAAGAGUCCCACCUUCUCCCAUAAGUGAGACCCCUUAAGGAUAAUACAGAGAAUUCUUUGGGUCUUUCUUCUUUUAGCUUUCAGUUUUGAGAUUUCGGGGUCAGGUGAAGGAGGGGUGACUAAAAUCUACUGAGCCCCCACUAUAUGCCAGACACUGGGCUAGACGUUGUUACAGAUGCUAUCUUGUUUAAUGACAACACUGCAACAUUUUUUUGAAGUAGGUUCUAUUAACCACAUUUUACAACUAAGAAAGUAGGCUCAGGGAGCCUAAGUGAAUUGCCUAAGGCCACAGAGAUUACAUCGAGAAAGGAUGGAAUUAGGACUCAAAACCUGCUUAGGCAGGCAGGGCUGAUGAAAUGACACCAAAGGGGACAAAGGCGGUGAUGGUGGCAGAGGCUCACCCGUCUCUGGACACAGAAGCUCAGAGGUCCAGGUCUGGCGUGGCCUCUGUCCUACUGGGAGACCCUGGGUGAGACUUUCCUUACCCGCUGGGCCUUACUGUCCCUGUGUGGACGUAAUGCCCUCGGAGGUCCUUUCUGGGUGAGUGAUGUGGAAACUGAGGCAGAUGUGAACAGAUGCUGCCCGCUGCCCUCACGUGGAGCUACUUCCAGCUUCAGGAUGGUCCGCACUUUCCCUGCCAGCUGAGGGACAAAGGGCAGUGCCACCCACGGGGUAAUGGUUAACAAGCUUGAUAUCCUAUCUAUAAGGAGCUUCAGUCAGGGCCACCCUAGCCGGCCGAGACUCCGUAGGAUGCAGUGGGCAAAGGUGCUGGGGGUGGGGGUAGGGGCUGCUGCCUUCUUGGGGCUAGGGAUCAUCCUGGGCCACUUAGCCAUCCCCAAAGGGGCCGACCCACUGGUCUCCCAGGACCUGGACCUGGAGGUCCUGAACAGUGUCAUGGGACAGCUGGAGGCCAGCAGAAUCCAGGAGAACCUGAGAGAACUCUCCAGGGAACCACACCUGGCCUCCAGUGCCCGCGACGAGGCCCUGGUCCAGCUGCUGCUGCAGCGCUGGAGGGACGAGACGUCGGGCCUGGACGCGGCUGAGACCACCACGUACGAGGUGCUGCUGUCCUUCCCCAGCCAGGAGCAGCCUAACCUUGUGACUGUGGUGGACCCCAACGGGAAUGUCGUCUUCUCCUGCCGCCAGAGAGAGGAGAAUCUGACCGGGGAGCAGGGGGGACCCGAUGUGGUGCCACCCUAUGCUGCUUAUGCUCCCCCUGGGACCCCACAGGGCCGCCUUGUCUAUGCCAACCGGGGCUCAGAAGAAGACUUUAAGGAGCUAUGGACUCAAGGCAUCGAGCUCAAUGGCACCAUUGCCCUGACCCGCUAUGGAGGUGUAGGGCGUGGGGCGAAGGCAGUGAACGCCGCCAGUUACGGGGUGGCGGGGGUACUAGUGUACACGGACCCUGCUGACAUCAACGAUGGCCAGAGCUUGCCCAACGAGACCUUCCCCCACUCGUGGGGCCUGCCUCCCUCGGGGGUGGAGCGAGGCUCCUACUUUGAAUACUUUGGAGACCCCCUGACUCCCUACCUUCCGGCCACCCACUCCUCCUUCCGCCUGGACCCUGCCUCUGCCUCUGGAUUUCCCCCAAUUCCCUCCCAGCCCAUUGGCUUCGAGGAUGCGAAAGUCCUGCUCUGUAACCUCCAGGGAAACUUGGCCCCGGAUACCUGGCAGGGAGCCCUGGGCUGUGACUACAGAUUGGGGCCCGGCUUCCGGCCUGAUGGGGAAUUCCAAGCAGACAGCCAGGUAAACAUGAGUGUGUACAACCGUCUGGAGCUUCGGAACUCCUCCAAUGUCCUCGGGAUCAUCCGCGGGGCUGUGGAGCCUGACCGCUAUGUGCUGUAUGGAAACCACCGGGACAGCUGGGUGCACGGGGCUGUGGAUCCCAGCAGCGGCACCGCUGUCCUUCUGGAGCUCUCCCGCGUCCUGGGGACCCUGCUGAAGAAGGGCACCUGGCGUCCCCGCAGAUCAAUCGUCUUAGCCAGCUGGGGGGCCGAGGAGUUUGGGCUCAUCGGCUCCACAGAAUUCACGGAGGAGUUCUUCAGCAAGCUGCAGGAGCGCACCGUGGCCUACAUCAACGUGGACAUCUCGGUGUUUGCCAACGCAAGCCUGAGGGUGCAAGGGACGCCUCCAGUCCAGAGCGUCGUCUUCUCUUCCACAAAACAGAUCCCCGCCCCGGGCCGUGGAGGCCUCAGCAUCUAUGACAACUGGGUCCAGCACUUCAACCGCAGCAGCUCGGUGUACGGCCUGGUCCCCAGCUUGGGCACUCUGGGUGCUGGCAGCGACUACGCGCCCUUCCUUCACUUUCUAGGCAUCACCUCCAUGGACAUCGCCUACACCUAUGACCGGAGCAAGACCUCAGCCCGGAUCUACCCCACCUACCACACAGCCUUCGAUACCUUUGAUUAUGUGGACAAGUUCGUGGACCCUGGUUUCAGCUGCCACCGGGCCGUGGCCCAGACAGCAGGGAGCGUGCUGCUCCGGCUCAGUGACAGCCUCUUCCUGCCUCUCAACAUCAGCGACUACACCGAGACCCUUCGCGCCUUCCUGCAGGCUGCCGAGCAGGACCUCGGGGCCCUGCUAGGGCAGCACAGCAUCAGCCUGGGGCCCCUGGUGAGCGCAGUCGAGAAGUUUGAGGAGGCAGCUGCAGCUCUGAGCCAACGUGUGUUGGCACUGCAGGAGAGCAGCCCCGACCCCCUGCAGGUCCGGAUGCUUAAUGACCAACUGAUGCUCUUGGAACGGACCUUUCUGAACCCACGAGCCUUCCCAGAGGAACGCUACUACAGCCAUGUGCUCUGGGUGCCCCGCACGGGAAGCGUAGCCACAUUUCCGGGUCUGGCCAAUGCCUACUCCAGGGCCAGGGACACAGCCCCCGGAUCUGCAGCCUGGGCUGAAGUGCAGAAUCAGCUCAGCAUUGUGGUGGCAGCCCUGGAGGGUGCUACAGCCACCCUGAGGCCUGUGACUGACCUCUGACCCCAGCCCUCUUUGCUCAGCUCCCCUCUGCCACCCUUUGUCCAACCCCCGCCCCCUGCAAGCCUUCCUGGGGUAUGUCCACCUCUUCCCUGAAGCCAGAAGUGGGCAUGACUCUAGGAUGCUCGCAAGCUCAAGGCAGGUUGUAGAGACCCAAGGGGAUC